CUUCAGUUUGUGUUUCCUUGUUUGGUGUUUAUUUCCUGUCAGCGCUCUUAUUUUUUGUUGCAUUUCCUGCAUGUCUCCCUGAGCGCUCGUUCCCCUCACCUGUGUCUGAUUGGCAGCCAGGCACACCUGGUUGCAGUUGCCAAUAUUUUAGCCUGCCUCGCCUGUUCCUCGGUGCUGGAGGAUUGACUAUGUUUAGAACCUUUGCAUGCAGGACCGAUUCUCCCUAUUUUGAGUAUUAAAAGACUCUUACCUGCCCAUCGUUCUCCUGGUUCCUGCAUCUUGGGGUCACAAUUACCGCAGCCAGGCGGGUUCAUGACACCCACAUUUUUGGUAACCCUUUGUGAGAAUUAUGAUUAAUUCUUCAUCUAAACGGGAAGACACAAACAUCCCAUCAGUCGGCGUCCCAUUGAGAGCAGACAUUGUACAGAGUGUGAAUGAUUCCAAAAUAAAGUGCAGUUCCCCUUUGUGAGGAUUAUGAUUAAUUCUUCAUCUAAACGGGAAGAUACAAACAUCCCAUCAGUCGGCAUCCCAUUGAGAGCAGACCUUGUACAGAGUGUGAAUGAUUCCAAAAUAAAGUGCAGUUCCCCUUUGUGAGGAUUAUGAUUAAUUCUUCAUCUAAACGGGAAGAUACAAACAUCCCAUCAGUCGGCAUCCCAUUGACAGCAGACAUUGUACACUGACUCCCUGUCAGUCAGGCGCGGUGCUGCUCGCUGAUUGGUCCUCCUCAGCGGGGUGGGCGGUGCCUGCGCGGCACAUGGAGCCGCUGUGGGGGUCUCCUCAGUCUCCUCCAUCCUCCACGCAGGACGAACCUUCUCCGAGUCCACGCUCUCACCUUUUAGUGCAGAAAACACACUUUUCACGCUGAAAAUGGACUUUGAGGAUUUAGGACUUUAAUGAGAGACUUAAAUCGUCACUUUUGAUUGUUUUUUUUUUGCUUUUUGUUGUGUUUGAUGGCAAAAUGUCCCCGGAAGCUUCUCUCGUCCUCCUCCUGCUCUUCCUCCUCGGUCCGGUCUCGGCUCGCCGUGGUCAAGUGUCUUUCGGACGGAUUCGGGAGAACUCCCCCGCUGGGACUCCGGUGGCCGGGGUGGCGGUGCAAGUCCUAGCCGGUGUCUGCCCCGGUGAGGACCUGCUCAAAGCCGCCCUCACGGGGAACUACGCGGACGACUUCCGGCUCGUCCCGGUACACCCGGACCACCUGGUUCUGGUCUCGUCCAAAUCCCUGGACCGGGAGUUCAUCGCCAUGUACGAGCUGAAAGUGGACCUGCACCCCCGGUGUCUCUUCCGGGGUCCGGUCCAGGUCCAGGUGGAGGUGUUGGAUGCGAACGACAACACGCCUCGCUUCCACGGAGGGAACCAGACCGUGGAGGUGGACGAGCUGACCCUGCUCGGUACCGAGCUGGCCCACUUCCGCGCCAAAGACGGGGACGCGGGCGCGAACGGACGCGUGACUUUUUACACCCGGCCCGAGUCUCACCUGCUCCAUGUGGACUCCGCCACCGGCCAGGUGAGGCUGGUAGGCUCCCUGAGGGGCUCCCGCGCGGUGUCGGCCCGGGUCUACGCCAGGGACGGCGGCCGCCACCCGCUGGUCGGUGGUCCGGUCUUCCUGCACGUGCUGGUCCGCCGCCGGUCCGGCCGAACCAAGCGAGCCCUGUCCGAGGAGGUGGCCUACAGCGUCGACGUCCCCGACCAGGCCAGGACCGGAGACCUGGUCUUCACGGUCCCGGACCAGAGGUUCGAGCAGCGCUGGUUCGAGGUGAUAUCCGAGCAGGACUCGCCGGUCCAGAUCGAGAGGGACUCGGGUCGAGUCUACCUGGCGAGCAGCCUGCAGGAGCCCGCAGAGGUUCUGGUCAAAGUCCAAAGACACCGAGGUGAGGAGUGGUACCUGUGCAGGUUGACUCUGACCACGCUCAGUCAGGCCGACCUGCAGUGGACCAUGUUCCCCCGCCCCUACCUGGCCGCCGUGGGUGCUGACGCCGCACCCGGGUCUGUGGCGUACUCCCUGUCGGCACGGCAACGUGACGGAAGCCUUGGACAGCCCCAGUUUCUUUUACUGGACGGCGGGGAGGACUGCUUCGAGGUCCAUCGUAGUUCUGGCGACAUCAGGACCACGGGGCGACCUCUGACCCCCAACAAGGAGUACCAGCUGCGAGUGCAGGCGAUGGACGCUGACGGCCGCAAAGGACCGCCGGCCGCGGUGUCCAUCCUGGCUGGCUACCGGCCGCCGCAGUUCACCAACGCCUCGUACAGCCUGAACGUGGCAGAGAACAUGGCUGUCGGCCAACCCGUGGGAGCGGUCCAGGCCGUCUCCUUCCAGAAGAAGAUGCUGGCCUACGUGUUGCAGGUGAAUCCCGGCAACCUGUUCAGCAUCAACCAGGAGAGCGGCGCGCUCGGCCUCACGCGUGGCGUGGACUACGAGAGCGGACACAACGUGCACACCCUUCAGGUCCGAGCCUCCGAACCCGACACCGGCCUCAGCGGACUGACCGAGGUUGUUGUCUACAUAACAGAUGAGAACGACUGCACUCCUGAGUUCCUCCACUCCAUCUACACUCGAGACAACAUUCCUGAGAACGUCGCACCCGGAACGUCGCUGCUGCAAGUUUUGGCGCGGGACUGCGACUCGGGCGCCAACUCGGAGCUCUCCUACCGGGUGCACAGCAGCGACUUUGACAUCACCGCGGGGGGCGUGGUCAGCCCCGCCCGCCGCCUGGACUACGAGCGGCCCAAUCACGUCUACGAGUUCUCGGUGGUCGCCGUGGACGCCGGCACUCCGCCCCGCACGGGCUCCGCCUCCGUGCGCGUCCGAGUGGCCAACAGCAACGACGAGUCGCCCGUCUUCUCGCAGAGCGUUUACAAGACCUUCCUCAGCGAGGAUGCCGGGCCCGACACGCUGGUCGCCAUCGUCCACGCCAACGACCCCGACGGGGACGCCGUGUCGUACGCCAUCACCGGCGGCAACGAGGACAGCAACUUCCUGCUGGACAACCAGAAAGGCAUCAUUAAGCUACGUCGGAGUCCUCCUCCCAGACUGAGAGGUCCUCAGUAUGUCCUUACCAUCACAGCCACCGACGAUAACGCAUCCGGCGGUCCGUACCCGCUCAGCAGCUCGGCCCAGGUCAUCGUGGGGAUCAACGACAUCAACAACAACAAGCCCGUCUUCCAGGAGUGUCAGAACUACAGUCUGAACGCUGCAGUCCUAGAGAACCAGCCCCCCGGGACGUUUGUGCUGAAGGUCCAGGCCCACGACGCCGACAUGGGGGUGAACGGAGAGGUCAAAUAUGGCAUCAUGCACAGAGACGCGGUCUCCGUUGGUUUUGACAUCGACGCCGACACGGGCGUCAUCACGUCAACCGUGAGCUUCGAUCGAGAGCGGCAGAGAGAGUUCACGCUGUCCGUGACGGCCACGGACCAAGCUGAGGAGCCGCUCAUUGGCAUCUGUCAGAUUACUGUCCUCAUCGCCGACCAGAACGACAACGACCCCAAGUUUGAGAACAGCCGCUACCAGUACUUCCUGCGAGAGGACACCCCGGUGGGGACUAGUUUCCUGCGGGCGGCGGCGCACGACGACGACCAGGGCAGCAACGCGGCCAUCGUCUACUCGCUGUCCAAGCAGACGCCCUCUUACCUGCACAUCAACCCCAGCACGGGAUGGAUCUACGUCAACCAGCCCAUCUCACAGACGUCCAAAAUCAACCAGCAAAUCGUGGCGUCAGACGGCGGCGACCGCAGCGCCUCGGUGGAGCUGAGCGUCAUCAUCACCAACGUCCACAACCAGCCCCCCCACUGGCAGCGGCCCGAGUACUGGGUCACCGUGCCGGAGAACACCGCCAGAGACGCCAAAAUUGUGACCGUCAAGGCCACGUCCCCGCUGGGCGACCCGAGGGUCACCUACAACCUGGAGGAGGGCCAGGUGCCCGAGACCAACAUGCCGGUGCGCUUUUACAUCAAACCCAACCGGGCGGGCGGUUCGGCGUCCAUCCUGGUGGCCGAGAACCUCGACUACGAGACCACGCGCUUCUUCGCCCUGAGGGUCCGAGUGCAGAACGUGGCCGCCGUGCCACUGGCCUCCUUCACCACGGUCUACGUCAACGUGACAGAUGUGAACGACAACGUUCCUUUCUUCCUCUCGUCCACUUACGAGGCCACCGUUCCUGAGGGCGCCGAGGUCGGCACAUCCGUGGCUCAGGUGUCGGCCAUCGACCUGGACUCGGGUCUGCACGGCAUGGUCCGCUACACCAUCCUGAAGGACGAGAGCGGCGACUCGCAGCUCUUCAGCAUCGACCAACGCAGCGGCGCCAUCACCACCCGGGCCUCCUUCGACCGCGAGCAGAAAGCCUCCUACCUGAUCGAGGUGCAGUCGCAGGACGGCUCCGAGUCGGCACGACCGGGCCAGCAGGACCAGCCCAACACUGACACGGCGUACGUCAGGAUCUUCGUCACCGACGUCAACGACAACGCUCCGACUUUUGCCCGCCCGGUGUACGAGGUGAGCGUGGAGGAGGACAAGGAGGUGGGCUACGUGCUCAUCACCGUCACCGCCAACGAUGAAGACGAAGGUGCCAACGCCAAGCUGCGCUACCAGAUUGCCGCGGGAAACACCAUGGGCACCUUCGACGUGGAGCCCGAGGUGGGCACCAUCUUUGUGGCGCAGCCGCUGGACUACGAGAUGGAGCGGCGCUACGAGCUGCGGCUGGUCGCCUCCGACGGCAAGUGGGAGAACGAGACGCUGGUGGUGGUGCAGGUGGUCAACCGCAACGACGAGGCGCCCGUCUUCAGCCAGACGGAGUACCACGCCGUCGUCACGGAGGAGCUGACGGAACUUCCUGUUUUCAUCCUGGAGGUUUCAGCCACUGAUCCGGACCAAGACGCGGAUCAGACCGCCCUCCGCUACUCCCUCCACGGACAAGGUGCCGGAGGCGAGUUCACCAUCGACGAACGCACCGGGAGAAUUUACGCCCAGCGCCGCUUAGAUCGGGAAGAGCGCCCAGCCUGGAGAUUCCUCGUACUGGCAACAGACGAGGGAGGAACCGGGCUCACGGGAUUCGCUGAUGUUCUGCUGGAGGUCCGCGAUGUCAACGACAACGCGCCUUUCUUCCCGUGCCCGGCGCUGGAAGUCGAUGGCUGUUUUGUCGGCCAGGUGGCAGAGAAUUCCCCCGCCGACACCUCCGUCAUGGAGAUGAGAGCCAUGGACCUGGACGACCACAAUGAGGGCAAGAACGCGAUGCUGACCUACAGCAUCAUCAAGAACGUUCGGAACGAGAUCAACCUCAACCUGUUCUCCAUCAACGCUAAAACAGGAACCAUCUACACGGUUCUACGCUCCCUGGACCGCGAGGUAGAGGAACGCUACCUGGUGGUGGUGGAGGCUAGAGAUGGAGGCGGUUUGGCAGGGACGGGGACAGCCACCAUCUUGGUUUCGGACGUCAAUGACCACCCACCCGUUUUCUCUCAAAGGGUCUACACCACUCAGGUCGCCGAGGACCUGGAAGUCAACAGUGAGGUUCUUGUCGUGUCCGCCACAGACGGAGACCGGGACGAAAACGCCGUUGUGACCUUCAGCAUCGUCGGGGGUGAUGAAGACAGGAAGUUCUUCAUGGAGACGGACAAGGCGAACCGUCGCGGCGUGAUCAAGCUGAAGAAGAAGGUGGACUUUGAGAAGCCUCAGGAGAGGACUUUCAACCUGACUCUGAAGGCUGAAGACGCCGACUUCUUCAGCCUGGCCAACUGCCUCGUUCAGGUCCAAGACGCCAACGACCACGCCCCGGUCUUCUUCCCCCAGUUCUACGAGUCGCCGGCCAUGUCCGAGGACGUUCCUGUGGGGACGAUCGUCGCUCAGGUGUCGGCGACGGAUCUGGACUCGGAACAAAACGGCCGCUUUUCCUACAGUAUUGCCAGCGAGUCGGACCCCUACAGUCAGUUCCUGGUGGACCAGUCGGGUUGGGUGGUGGUGGCUCAUCCUUUGGACAGGGAGAGGAUCUCGCAGCACAGGAUCAUGGUCCUCGCCACGGACGCAGGCAGCCCGACUCUGACCGGCACUGCCAUCGUCAUGGUAACAGUGCUGGACAUCAAUGACAACGGGCCAGAGUUCGAGGCCCCCUACAGGCCUGUCGUCUGGGAGAACACGGCGGCCCCCCGGGCGGUGCGCAUGAACGACACCUCCCUUCUACUCUACGCCACCGACCGCGACACCUCCUCCAACAGCGGACCCUUCUCCAUACGGCUCCUCAUGCUCACCUCGGACGCCACCAGCUUCAACCUGACCGACUUCCGCAACGGCAGCGCGGCCGUCACGGCUCUGCGCACGUUCGACCGCGAACGCCAGAAGGAGUACCGCCUCCCCAUUCUCAUGAUCGACAGCGGCUCGCCUGCCAUGAGCUCGACCGGUACGCUGACGGUAAUCAUCGGCGACAGGAACGACCACCCGCACUCGCCGGGACACACCAACUUCAUCGUUUACAGCUACGAAGGUGUCCUCCCGAUGACAGUGCUGGGCCAAGUCCAGUCCCCAGACCUCGAUGACUGGAGCGAGAAGUCGUACCGAUUUGAAGGCAAACCAUCGAGGUUGUUCGGUCUCAACCACAGCUCCGGUCAGCUGAGCAUCAGGGAGGGGGCGCCGCCGGGCUCGUACCGCCUCCAGGUGCGCGUGUCCGACCCCGCCUGGCCGGACGUCACAUCCACGGCGCAGGUGGACGUGGUGGAGCUGCCGCAGGACGCUUUGGACAACGCUGCCUCCGUCCGCCUCCGCAACGUGACGCUGGAGGACUUCUUCGCCGCUCCAGGAGGGGAGGAGAGUCGCUUCUCACGUCUGGGUCGGACGCUGGCGCGCCUCCUGGGGACGGCGGCGGAGAACGUGCACGUCUUCUCCGCCCGCGAGCGGGGACGGGAGCUGAGCGUGUGGUUCGCCGCCCACGGCUCGCCGUACUACAAGGCCGAGAAGCUGCACGGCUACGUGGCGGCCAACAAAGCCCAGCUGGAAGCCAUAUUGGGCGUGUCCAUCUCCCAGGUGGGCGUUGACGACUGUCCCCACACGGACUGCGGCCACGCCGGCGGCUGCACCACCGAAGUGUCGUUCGGUCAGACCCCGGCGCCUCUCAGCUCGGGUAACGUCUCUCUGGUUUCCCUGCCGGCCAGAACGUCGGCGCGUUGCGGCUGUCGGGGUCGAGAGGCGACCCACCUGCUUUGCUCCGCCUACUCGACUAACCCCUGCCUCAACGGCGGCACGUGCCAGGAUGGACCACUAGGAUACAGCUGUAAGUGUCCGCCGAUGUUCAACGGGCCCGAGUGCCAGCAGACCAAACACAGCUUUGGUGGGCGGGGCUAUGCGUGGUUCCCUCCCCUCAGGCCGUGCUUCCAGAGCCACAUCUCUCUGGAGUUCCUCACAGAGUCACCCGACGGGCUGCUUCUUUACGACGGGCCACUCGGCACCGCUCAGCCCGGCGAGCCCGACGACUUCCUUUCCAUCGAGUUGAAGAACGGCAUUCCGGUUCUGAACGUGAACCACGGCUCUGGGACGUUGACCCUGCAGCUGCCGCCUGCGUCCAACGUCGCCGACCGCCGCUGGCAUCGCCUCGACAUCACCAGCGAUGGGAAGGCUGUGCAGCUGGUCCUGGACCAGUGUUUGGGGGCGCCAGUGAGCGAGCUGGAGGGACUCAGCGGAGAUCUCCACGAGCCAAACGAGUCCAGCUGCAGAGUUGCAGGAGAGACGCCCGGCAACGAGAGGUAUCUAAACGUGUAUCAGCCUCUUCAGCUGGGCGGCGUAAAGGAGGCGUCUACUCGCCGGCGUUACCAGAGCUUCUCAGGCUGCAUCCGCAACCUGGCGGCGGACAGCGAGGUGUACGACCUGGCGUCGCCCGGCGAGAGCGUGGACAGCAGCCCCGGGUGCAAGGUGACCGACGGCGUGUGCGUGACGGCGGGCGGGCCCUCCUGCGGCGCCCACGCUUCCUGCCUUGCCGACUGGGGCGCCUUCAGCUGCGAGUGUCACCCUGGGUACAGCGGACACAAGUGUGACUCAGUAGUUCCAGAAUUCUCUUUGGACUCAAACAGCGCGCUGAGGUUCCACCUUCGAGGAGGCAGCAACAGCCGCCGCACCAACAUCCAGAUGCUCCUGCGCACCAGGGCCACCUCGGGCACCCUGCUCUCUGUGACGUCCCGGGAGGCCAACAAGUACAUCGUGCUGGAGAUCGCAGAGGGCCACCUGGCGGUUCGGGCCAACCUCGGCGACGGUGCCCACGCGGCGAGACUCCCGGGUCAGCGUGUGGACAUCGGCCAGUGGGUCCUCGUCAGCCUCAGUCGCCACGACAACCUCUUCACCCUGCAACUGGAGCAGGGCGGAGGAGCCCGGGAGGUCCAUGCCCGCCUGGGGGGCCGCAGGGAGCUGGUGGUGGACCCGGCCAGCAUCACGGUGGGCGACGGACCCGACGGCCGGGACGAGGUCGACUUUCAGGGUUGCAUGCGGGACGUUCGCUUCAACGGGCGCCCGCUCCCUCUGGACGGGAAGAGCAGCGACCUCGUGACCGUACUGGAGAGGCGGGGCGUCACUUUUGGCUGCUUUACCGACGCCUGCCGAGCGCAACCCUGCCGGAGUCCGCUGCGGUGUGUCGACCUGUGGAGGAAACACCAGUGCAGGUGUCCCGGGGGUCAGGUGACUGUGACGGAGGAGUCGGGCGAGCAGCGCUGCGUGCCGUCGCCCUGUGGCCCCGCCUCCUGCCGCAACGGCGCCGUCUGCCAGGCGCUUUCACCGGAGAGCUACCGGUGCCGCUGCCUGGAGGGCUUCCGGGGUCAGCGCUGCGAGCUGGGCCAGGUCAGAGGUCACCGCCUGGCCGCCCUCAGCCCCAGCUCCAUCUUGGCCAUCAGCAUGUGUCUGCUCGUCUUCUUCGCGGUGCUGGUGGCGGUGACGGUGUGGAACCAGAAAGGCAGCCGUAACAAGUUCCGCAAGCGAGGCGUUUACCACAUCCCGGCCGAACACGAGAGCUGGGAGGACAUCCGAGAGAACAUCCUCAACUACAACGAGGAGGGCGGCGGCGAGCAGGACCAGAACGUCUACGACAUCACGGAGCUGAAGCGCCCGCUGUGCUCCAGCCUGUCGCAGUCGUCGUCGUGCACCACGGCGCCGCUCAUCAAGUCCUCGCCGGGCUCGCAGGAGGAGGUGCGCCCGUCCAGCUCGUCCUGCAGCUCCGGCGCCCCCUACCUCAGCAUCCCGCACCAUCACCAUCACUACCACCACUAUCACCACGCGCACCAGCAGCAGCAGCAGCACGGCGGCAGGGAGGCGGAGUCUAACGAGCCCACGCCGCGCUCCCACGUGGACUUUAAGAGCUACGUGGCGCGCAUCCUCUGGGAGGCGGACAACGACGGCGACGCCCUCCCGCCGGACGCCUUCCGCGUGUGGUGCGUGGAAGGCUCGGGGACGCCGGCGGGAAGCCUCAGCUCGCUGGGCGGCGGCGACGAGGACGACGACGACGAGGGAGGGGGGGCGGCGCACGAGCGGCUGUCACGCUGGGGGCCCAAGUUCAAGACGCUGAGCGAGAUGUACGACCGCCCCCAGCUGGCGCUCACGCACGGCGAGGCGCUGGCCUACAUGCACACCGGCGCCCAUCGUCAGCACCACUAGGGGGCGCAAAAGACGAGCGUUGACACCAGUAAGAGACAAACUUUGCUGGAACCUUCUGGAAGGUUUCUUCUCAGCUGCCUUAAUGUACUUGCAAGCGUUGACGCCGUUCCUCCGCCGACCACACGGUGGCGCCACCUUAGCGUCUGCACACUAUGGAGGUUCAUUUGUCUUUAUUAUGAAACCUUUUUUUGACUCUCACUAAACUUUUUGUGUGAAUUUUUGUGAACAAAAUGUAUUUACAUCAAAUUAUAAUUACAAAUUAGUUAAAAAUACAUUUAAUACAUUCUAAGAGAAUAAAUAAAUUAUAUAAUAUCAUAAAUACAUUUUAAGAAUUAAUUAAUUAAAAAUUAAUUUUACAUUUUUGAGCAAAAAAAAAAUUCAGCUUAUUAAAAUACAGUGUUUUAAAAUUAAUUGUGUCACAAUUCAGUGUAAAAGAAUUCAGUGCAAAAUUAUUUCAGCCUAUAAAAGUUUGGUGAAAAAAUUGGAAUAAUGAAUUAAAAAUUUAUUAUGAUUUUUUUUUUUAGCAAAAUGGUCAGAUUAUUAAAAUACCGUGUUUUAAAAUUAAAUGUGUCAAAAUUCAGUGUAAAAUAAUUCAGUGCAAAAAAAAUCCAGCCUAUAAAAAUUCAGUGCAAAAAUUAGAAUUAAUUGAUUAAAAAUUAAUUAUGAAUUUUUGAGCAAAAUGGGUGUAUUCAAAAAAAUGGUUUAUUGAAAUACAGUGUUUUAAAAUUAAUUGUGUCAAAAUUCAGUGUAAAAGAAUUCAGUGCAAAAGAAUUUCAGUGCAAAAAUUUGAAUUAAUUGAAAAAUAAAUUAUGGUUUUUUGAGCAAAAUGGUCAGUUUAUUAAAAUACUGUGUUCUAAAAUUAACUGUGUAAAAAUUAAUUGCAAAAAAAAUCCAGCCUAUAAAAAAUCAGUGCAAAUCAGUGUAAAAAGUGAAUUAUGAAUUUUUGAGCAAAAUGGGUGUGUUUAAAAAUGGAGCUUAUUAACAUACAGUGUUUUAAAAUUAAUUGUGUAAAAAUUCAGUGUAAAAGAAUUCAGUGGGGAAAAAAAUCCAGCCUAUAAGAAUUCAGUGCAAAAAUUGGAAUUAAUUAAUAAAAAAUGUAUUAGUAAUUUUUGAGCAAAAUGGGUGUAUUCAAAAAAUGUGUUUAUUAAAAUACAGUGUUUUAAAAUUAAUUGUGUAAAAAUUUAGUGUAAAAGAAUUGUGUGCAAAAAAAAUCCAACCUAUAAAAAUUCUGUGCAAAAAUUGGAAUUAAUUCAUUAAAAAUUAAUUAUGAAUUUUUGAGCAAUAUGAGUGUAUUUAAAAAAAUCUGUUUAUUAACAUGCAGUGUUUUAAAAUUAAUUGGGUAAAAAUUCUGCAUAAAAUAAUUCAGUGCAAAAAAAAAUGCAGCCUAUAAAACUUCAGUGCAAAAAUUGGAAUGAAUUAAUUAUGACUUUUUGAGCCAAAUGGUUGUUUAAAAUUUCAGCGUAUUAACAUACAGUGUUUUAAAAUUAAUCGUGUAAAAAUUGAACGUAAAAGAAUUCAGUUCCAAACAAAAUCCAGCCUAUAAAAAUUCACUGCAAAAAUGGGAAUUAAUUAAUACAAAAUUAAUUAUGAAUUUUUGAGCAAAAUGGGUGCAUUUAAAAAAUCGGUUUAUUAAAAAAAACAGUGUUUUAAAAUAAAUUGUGUAAAGAUUCAGUGUAUAAAAAUUCUGUGCAAAAAUUUGAAUUAAUUAAUUAAAAAUGAAUUAUGAAUUUUUGAGCAAAAUGGGUGUAUUUAAAAAUUCAGUUUAUUAAAAUAUAGUGUUUUAAAAUUAAUUUUGUAAGAAUUCAGUGCAAAAAAAAUCCAGCCUAUAAAAAUUCAGUGCAAAAAAUUGGAAUGAAUUAAUUAAAAAAUAAUUGUGAUUUUUUUUUUUCUAGCAAAAAUUCAGAGCCAAAACAUGUGUUGUUUCUAAACUCAAGACUCCAUUCUGGUAAAUUAAGACUGAGGCAAUGGAUCCUGUCUCAGAACCAGCCAGUGAGGUGCUUCAGUCUGAAAAUACCGGGCGUGGUUCUUGAGUUUUAAAGCAACAAAUAUUUAUGCAAUAUUUUUUCUACACUGAUUUUUUUUAAUCAGAUUUUUUUAUCCACUCAUUUUUUUGCAGUGACUUUUUAUACACAAAUUUUUUUCUUACACUAAAUUUUAUUCAAUAAAAUUGUCAGCAUAAUUUGAUGUAAAAAAAAAUAAAUCUGUUCACAAAAUUCAAACGCUAAAAUGAAAAAGUUUUCAUAAUAAAAACGCAAAAUGACCUCAGAAAUAUGUUUGGAAUAUUCCACUGGAACAUUUUCAUAGAUCAAAACAAAAAAUAAGAGAAAAAUGAUCAAUGCAAAUCCUAAAUCCAUGGAGGUGUGCAUUGAGAUCUUCUCCUGGGGGAUCUCUUCUGCCAGACCUGGACCAGGGCAUCACUUCAGUCCUGGACAGUCCAAGGAGACUCCACCUCCUAAAGUCCUUCAUUUGGAUCCCGGUCUCGUGGGCGGACCAGCCAGUCCACUGGUGUCUCUAUCAUGCAGGAACUGCUCACGGCAGAGGAAGCUUUGUCACGCGUCACAAGGAACACGACAGCGGAACAUGUGAGCGUACCUGGUCUGGCCCAAAGUGGUCAUGGAGGACAGAAGGUUCUUCCCCGAUCAUGAGCACAAAUGUUGGUCAGGCCCUCGGACCUCCUUCGUGGACUCUUUCUUUGAGCACCGUCCUGAACUGUAGAAAAAAGUGACUACACUGUAAAAAAAAAAAUUGAAUUAAUUAAUUGUGAAUUUUUGAGCAAAAUGGGUGUUUUUAAAAAUUAAUCUUAUUAAAAAACAGUGUUUUAAAAUUAAUUGUGUAAAAAUUCAGUGUAAAAUAAUUCAGUCUAAAAAAAAAUGCAGCCUAUAAAACAAAAAAAAUGUGUUAUUAAUUUUUGAGCAAAAUGGGUGUAAGUAAAAAUUCAGUUUAUUAAAAUACAGUGUUUUAAAAUUAAUUGUGUAACGAUUCCGUGUAAAAGAAUUCAGUGCAAAAAAAUCCAGCCAUAAAACUUUAGUGCAAAAAUUGGAAUUAAUUAAUUAUGAAUUUUUGAGCAAAAUGGGUGUUUUUAAAAAUUCAGCUUAUUAAAAAACAGUGUUUUAGAAUUAAUUGUGUAAAAAUUCAGUGUAAAAUAAUUCAGUGCAAAAAAAAAUGCAGCCUAUAAAACUUCAGUGCAAAAAGUGGAAUGAAUUAAUUAUGAAUUUUUGAGCUAAAAGGGUGUUUAAAAUGUCAGCGUGUUAACAUACAGUGUUUUAAAAUUAAUUGUGCCUAUUUAAAUUUGCCUAUAAAAAUUCAGUGCAAAAAUUGGAAUUAAUGAAUAAAAAAAUGUGUUAUUAAUUUUUAAGCAAAAUGGGUGUAUUUAAAAAUUCAGUUUAUUAAAAUACAGUGUUUUAAAAUUAAUUGUGUAACGAUUCCGUGUAAAAGAAUUCAGUGCAAAAAAAUCCAGCCAUAAAACUUUUGUGCAAAAAUUGGAAUUAAUUAAUUAUGAAUUUUUGAGCAAAAUGGGUGUUUUUAAAAAUUCAGCUUAUUAAAAAACAGUGUUUUAAAAUUAAUUGUGUAAAAAUUCAGUGUAAAAUAAUUCAGUGCAAAAAAAAAAUGCAGCCUACAAAACUUCAGUGCAAAAAUUGGAAUUAAUUAAUUAUGAAUUUUUGAGCAACAAGAAUGUUUAAAAUUUCAGCGUAUUAACAUACAGUGUUUUAAAAUUAAUUGUGCCUAUUUAAAUUUGCCUAUAAAAAUUCAGUGCAAAAAUUGGAAUUAAUGAAUAAAAAAUGUGUUAUUAAUUUUUGAGCAAAAUGGGUUUUUUUUUAAAUUCAGUUUAUUAAAAUACAGUGUUUUAAAAUUAACUGUGUAAAGACUCCGUGUAAAACAAUUCAGUGCAAAAAAAUCCAGCCAUAAAACUUUAGUGCAAAAAUUUGAAUUAAUUAAUUAUGAAUUUUUGAGCAAAAUGCGUGUUUUUAAAAAUUCAGCUCAUUAAAAAACAGUGUUUUAAAAUUAAUUGUGUAAAAAUUCACUGUAAAAUAAUUCAGUGCAAAAAAAAAUGCAGCCUACAAAACUUCAGUGCAAAAAUUGGAAUUAAUUAAUUAUGAAUUUUUGAGCAACAAGGAUGUUUAAAAUUUCAGCAUAUUAACAUACAGUGUUUUAAAAUUAAUUGUGCCUAUUUAAAUUUGCCUAUAAAAAUUCAGUGCAAAAAUUGGAAUUAAUGAAUAAAAAAUGUGUUAUUAAUUUUUGAGCAAAAUGGGUGUAUUUAAAAAUUCAGUUUAUUAAAAUACAGUGUUUUAAAAUUAAUUGUGUAAAGAUUCCGUGUAAAAGAAUUCAGUGCAAAAAAAUCCAGCCAUAAAACUUUAGUGCAAAAAUUGGAAUUAAUUAAUUAUGAAUUUUUGAGCAAAAUGGGUGUUUUUAAAAAUUCAGCUUAUUAAAAAACAGUGUUUUAAAAUUAAUUGUGUAAAAAUUCACUGUAAAAUAAUUCAGUGCAAAAAAAAAAAUGCAGCCUAUAAAACUUCAGUGCAAAAAUUGGAAUGAAUUAAUUAUGAAUUUCUGAGCUAAAAGGGUGUUUAAAAUUUCAGCGUAUUAACAUACAGUGUUUUAAAAUUAAUUGUACACUGUAAAAAAAAUAAAAUACAAAAUUGUAUAGCAGCUAAUUAUGUAAAUGUAUUAAUAAUCACCUCCAUAAGAACAAACUGCAUCUCAUUGUAUCUAAAGCGGGCGUGUCCAAAGUGUGACCCGGGGGCCAAUUUUCACUUUCAUUUUCACUUUUAAAUUUGGAUUAUUUACAUAUUAUUUACUAUUUUGAAUUCAAUUAACUUAAAAAAUAAAUUCAACCGGCGGCUAGAGUGGAUAGUGCGCACCCCCUUAUUUGUCACGUUUCAUGUGUCGGGUGAACCGUGACGAAUGGUGUCCACGUCUUACUGUUGUCUCCCCAACUGUACAAAAGCAUCCUUCAAUUCUCGGCGGACGAAAAAAAAAGUUUGGACACCCUUGCUCGAAAGCAACAUUAUCGCUGGAACGCGACGCUAAACAUGUUACACAACAUUUCAGUGGCGCCGUUUCUACAUACAGCUACAAUAUUAUCCAUCUAUUGUCCUCCGCUUAUCCAAGGUCGGGUGGCGGGGGCAGCAGCCUAAGCAGAGAGGCUACGAAAGUAAAACAACGGAAAAACCAAAAUAUGAGCAAUAAAUAAUACAUAUUUUUUAAUUGUAUUAUUUUCUUUGUUUUUGUUAAUGUUUACAAAGUCGGGGAAUCAUUUUCCUGGACACGGACGGACUGUGAGGGCAAAAAGCAAAGUAUUUAAAAGAAUAGAAGAUAGUAGUUUUUUAUGUAUUUUAGGUAUUGACUUUGUUUUGAUCCAACAAUUGUGUGUGAUAAAAGAAAAUAUGGAAGUAGUUGAAAUAUUGUGACACGGUCAAUAACUAAAAUACAUAGAAAAUGUUACAGUGGAUACAGGGGAUCGGUAUCUGUAUCGGCCAAUCUCACUCAUAUAUUAUAAAAGCAUUUAUAAAAAAUAUCCAUAAAAAUAACAUUGGGACUAUUUUAAAUUUACAGUAAAAAAAAACUGUAUUGUGACGACUGAGCUGACAGUUUUUUUACUGUUAAAUCAAAUUUUUUAUUUUUUUUUUACAGUCGAGUCACUUUUCCGUCCCGGCACAAAGCAGCAGGUGGUGUUCCUACUGCCAGGUAGUUGUCCUCACAAGCCCCGCCCCCUUUUACGUCAUCCCCCCCGCAGCCUGUCUCCUGCUUUCUCCUCCGCAGGAAAGGUUCUUGCCACAGCACACGCUGCCGCCGCUGCUACUACCUCCCAAAACGCUGAGUCGGCAGGAAUCCCCCAAGACCAGAUCAGAGUGUUGCUCCCUGACCUAACUUGGACUUCCUUUGGAAUCCAAAACCUGGACUUUGUUGCUCCCCCGGCAGGUUACUUUACUCCGAGCUAUGCAGCGUGUUUUGUCUUGGACUCCUUUUUGGCUUCUUUGUUCACUUUAAAAGUCACGUGAUAGCGUGUAAAUAAGAACAUUUUAUAACGACCUGACACAGAAAAUUCCUUUUGUAUAUGAAUUUCAAUAAAAAUGACUUUU